AUGGAGCGCCAGGGAGUGGACCUGGCCCACAUGGACUGCAGGGAGCCGGAGCCCGCGCCCCUGGCGCUCAGCAGGGAGCAUCUGCAGGGCGAGGAGACCUCUGAGCAAGAGGAGGCUGGCAGCGGGCCGGCCAGUGCCAGCCGCCCACCACCCACACUGGAGGGGAAGACGGGUGCCUACUUCUCCUCGCUGGACUCGAGCAUCGACGUCCUGAAGAAGAGGGCCCAGGAGCUGAUCGAGAGCAUCAACGAGAGCAGGCAGAAGGACCACGCGCUCAUGACCAACUUCAGGGACAGCCUCAAGAACAAGGUGUCAGACCUGACCGAGAAGCUGGAGGAGAGGAUGUACCAGCUCUACGACCACCACAACCGGCUCAUCCAGGAGAAGCUGCAGGAGUUCACCCAGAAGAUGGCCAACAUCAGCCACCUGGAGGCGGAGCUCAAGCAAGUGUGCCACUCGGUGGAGACGGUGUACAAGGACCUGUGCCAGCAGCCCGAGGCUGGCCCCUUCUCAGAAGAACAGAGCCACAAGGACGGUGAAUGCUGACGGGUCACCCGCCACCCCAGGCCCGAGACAACGGGCGCCACGGCCGGGCUGCGGCCGCAGGUUGUUUUCAGAGUUCUGUGUGGAGUCUUGGCCAAGGCGAACCUCAGGGCCCCUGGUGCAAGGCCCCAAAGUGAGGCCCGGGCACCCCAGCCCACAGCUCUGCCCCGCUCUCACACACUCUAUUAAAUGUUUGAUGUUUUCAAUCCUGCUGGCUUCCUUGUCUGGCCAUGCAGAAGCCAGGUCGGGGUCCCGCAAAGCCACCGCAGUGCCCCCACCCCACA